UGGGUCGUAUUCGUCGUAGGCGCGCAUGCGUGCGCCAUCCGAUACCAUUCAUCUAUGAUCAUGCAAACCUGCCAUUACACACGAUUAACAGACGUGCUAGUUAACUUAGAUAAUGUGGUCAGCGGGACGGUGACAGUGCUGUGAUUUUUCAUUCAGCUUUUCAUGAAUGAAGUGUUGUUCUCUGGAUUGUUGUAUGUGGAAUGAAGAAUAUAAGAACGCACCAUGCGAUGGUUUUUCUACUUAGUUUGCGUCACAGCCGCCAACGCUACAUUUGACAGUCGGAGAUUCUUGGACUACUGGACCGACCUAUUCCGACCUCUACCUCGAAACCCACGCGAAGGCUUUAUUCCUGACUAUACGCCUGAAAACCAAGAAGAAUUCGAUUUCAUAGUUAUAGGUGCCGGUUCAGCCGGUGCCGUGAUUGCUAAUCGAUUGACUGAAGUACCACAAUGGAACGUCUUACUCAUAGAAUCCGGAGGAAACGAAAAUUUCUUUUCCGACAUUCCAAUAUUUGCUUCAUUUCUUUCCUUAACACCUAUGAACUGGGGCUACAUUUCAAUGCCAGAGCCUAGAGCAUGCAGAGAUUUAAGAGGAAAAGUGUGCUUUUUACCCCGCGGCAGAGUGCUCGGCGGAAGCAGUGUACUCAACUUUUUAAUCUAUCAACGAGGUCAUCCGGAAGAUUACAAUGACUGGGCUAGAAUGGGUAAUGAGGGAUGGAGCUACGACCAAAUAUUACCUUAUUUUAAGAAAUCUGAAAACAUAGGCAUUAAAGAACUACAAAAUUCUUCAUUUCAUGGUGUUGGGGGUUAUUUAGACAUCCAAUACUCUCCAUACCAUUCUCCACUGGAGAAACCGUUUAGGCAGGCUGGUGAAGAACUUGGAUAUAAGUGGAGAGACCCAAAUGGAGAAAAGUUAAUUGGUUUCUCCAAACCACAGGCGACAAUGAGGAAGGGUAGAAGAUGCAGUUCCUCGAAAGCUUUUCUGGAACCAAUACGUUUUAGGCCCAACUUAAAAGUCACAAAGUUCUCCACCGCUUCCAAGAUCUUAAUAGAUCCACACACCAAAACAGCUUACGGUGUAGAAUUUACGAAGAGGAACAAAAGUAUUCAGGUUCGCGCUCGUCGUGAAAUAGUAUCGUCUGCAGGAUCGAUCGGCUCUGCUCAACUGCUGAUGGUGUCAGGAGUGGGACCGAAGGAUCACUUACAAGAAUUCGGGAUUAACACAAUUGCCGACCUGCCCGUUGGAUACAAUCUCCAAGACCAUGUCACUUUUUCUGGAAACGCUUUCAUCGUUAACCAAACUGGAAUGACCAUGAACGACCUAUCUGCCGCGUCCCCUUUCGUGGCUGCAGCAUACAUGUCAGGACAAGGACCUUUAACCCUGCCUGGUGGAGCAGCUGGUCUGGCCUUCGUGCACACCAAGUUCUCUCGCGACCAAGACUUUACCAGACCUGAUAUUGAGCUCGUCAUGGGAGCCGGGUCGUUAGCUGGUGACGCUGUUGGAAUAUUGCGAUCUUUGCUUGGAGUGACGGAUGAGUGGUACUGGAAGACGUACAGUUCUCUUUCGUUCGGCGCGAGGCAGCGUACUUUUUCUAUAAACCCUGUGUUAAUUAGACCGAACAGCGUCGGCCGACUGAUGCUCCGAAGCCCGAACUUUGCCGACCAUCCUAAAAUCCAUUUAAACUAUUUCGCUGAUCUUAACGAUUUGCGAACUAUGGUUGCAGGUGUUCGAAUGGUUGAGAAAGUAAUUGGUACAAAAGCGUUCCAGCGCUUUGGUACCAAAUUACACACUACGCCAUUUCCUGGCUGCGAGUCUUUUGUGUUCGACUCGGACGAAUACUGGGAGUGCGCUAUUAUGCAGACUUCUAUCACACUGGACCAUCAAGUAGGAACAUGCAAGAUGGCUCCAGAGGGCGACCCUACAGGCGUGGUGUCACCCAGGCUACAGGUCCACGGCAUACGAGGACUGCGCGUCGCCGACGCGUCCAUCAUGCCGCGAAUACCCGCUGCGCAUACGCACGCCGCAGUCCUCAUGAUCGCAGAAAAAGCCGCAGACCUCAUCAAAGAAGAUUGGAAAAUACCCAUUUCAAAGAAUUAAUUUAAUUUAUAGCUGAUAUAGUUAUAACUGGUUGUAAAUACCUAGUGAGGUAAUACGUUAGUCUAGUCAAGUCAAUGUACCAAAUAUAAAUCAUCUAGUUAUUAAUUAAGAUAGGAAAUUAUAAAAUAAAGAGAAGUUAACCGC